UUGCCAAAACACUCUGAUACUGGCAACUCACAAAGGAGCCAUUAAUAAAAAAGAAGAAGAAGAACUUUUUGUUUGCUUUUUGUCGUCUGUUGUGCUUUUGUAGGUAUAAAUUAUUAAUUUGUGUUAAAACAGUUGAAAGUAUUAAGUAAUCACAAAUUAAUAAAGUUAGUAUAGAAACUUUAUCAUGUCUUUAUCGCCCCAAGACUUAUUAUCAGCAGAAGGUCGGGAAAAAUGUAUAGAGAAUUUAAAAAUUCUACCUGUGUUUACAUCAGAAGACGAGAAACCUAAACUAAAUGCUGCGGUAUUGGUGCCCCUUUGCGUACAAAAUAACGAAGUCCAUUUGCUGUAUACACUGAGGUCGCCCAAUCUGAGAAAACACAGCGGUCAAGUGUCUUUUCCCGGUGGUAAGAUGGACGGAAACGAGACGACAACGGACACAGCUUUACGGGAGACCGAGGAAGAAAUCGGGUUCCCGCGCAGCGAUGUGGAGGUAUGGUACAAAAUGCCAUCUUUCUACACCAAUAAUAAGAAAGAAAUGUGCCUAACACCUGUAGUAGGGGUGUUAAAAAACUUUGACAUGAAUAACUUGACUGCUAACGCGGAUGAGGUAGAGGAAAUAUUCACAGUGUCAAUGCAAGCCCUGUGUGAUGUUAACAACCAUGCAUAUUUGAUAGAUGAAGAUGUUAUAGCACCAAUAUACUACUCCGGCAAAUAUAAGAUUUGGGGGAUUACUGGUUUCAUCACUCAUUUGUUUCUCCAGGCAUUCUUACCCAAUAUAUACCACCCCAACUUCACUAGAAAACAGUAUAAGUUAGAAGAACUUCAACCAUCAAAAAUAUGAGAGCUAGAUUUUAAACAUAGUUAAUAUGGGCUUUAUGGGGUUAAAAAGUAUUAAAAGCUUUGAUUUUUAAAUGUAAAAAGUAGUAAAUAGUUAGUUGAAAUUAAAUAUUUAUAUUAGCUCUUACUACUAGUUGGGAAACACUUGUAUGGUAGUUUGUCAUAAAAGACAAUAAAAAUCCAUAGCACAUUUUAAAAUUUAUAUAUUUACAAUAAAUACUGCUGCUCUGUAGCUUAUUAUUACUUGGAGAGUUGCACUAUUGGCCAUAGCCCUGUAAAUAAAAAAAUGUAAUUAUACAUUACAAUAUUCCACAACGCA